AAAUGGCCCAUGGAGAGGCUCCGCGCCUCCAGUUGGAAACGGGAGCACGCCACGUGAAAGUAGGAAGGGGAGGCUAUAGCCGGACCGACGUCGCUUCGUGCGCUUCAGUCGUUCGUGGACCUCGAAGGACGAUAGAGGUCGAAGAGGACAUUUCCUCCUUUUCCUUCCUGACUGGUGCUUCUUCUCUCUUUUUAUCUCUUUCCCUUUAUAUCUGUCUGUCUUUGUUUCUCUGUCUAUCUCUUUAUCUGUCUCUUUCUCUUUCUCUCUCUUUCUCUCUGUCUGUCUCUCUCUCUCUCUCUCUCUUUCUGUCUCUCUUUCUUUAUCUCUCUUUAAUACCGUCGAAGGUGAUACGACGACUACGCAACAACGAUUUUUUUAUCGAUUCGGUUCACCAGGAUUCUUCGUCCUUCGUCUUCAAGAAGAGGAAGAAGAGGAGGAAGAAGAACAAGAAGGAUCCUCUUCUCUCCUUCUCAUCCUCUUAUUCAAGUUGCAAUUCUCUUAGGACGGCUCUUCGAGUUCCAUCGACUUCCUCGGUCAUCAAUUUUUUUCUUUUCCUUAAGACGUCAGAGAGACCAAAGGGAAGGAUGCAUCGACAGGUAUACCUCGUCGUUGGAGUCAUCUUCCUGGGCUAUCUUCAAGAUUAUGUGUCCGGCGCGUGUCCCCGGAUAUGUCCACCAAGCGGGGAGCCAGUAUGCGGCAGCGACGGUAUCAUAUAUGCUUCCCAGUGUGAAAUGCGGAAGAAGAUGUGUGGAAAGGGAGUGACUAUGGCGACAGAGAAAACUGCUUGCUUGAGGUCAUCGGGCAGCAAGUGCGAGCAUCGUUGUUCCGGCGAUCAGGAUCCGGUAUGCGGUACCGAUGGUCGAACUUAUCUCAACAAAUGCAUGAUCAGAGUCGAAAUCUGCAGGGUGGGAAUCGAGCUCUCGCAUCUUGGACCAUGCAAUAAUAUUUCUGCUCACAGAGAAAACUGUCCGGUUUCGUGCGAUUUUGCACCACUCGAUGGUCCCGUAUGCGGUAGCGAUGGCAACGUUUACAAGUCGACUUGUCAAAUGAAGUUACUCACAUGCGGACAAGGAGUCGUGCGUACGAAUAAGAAACAUUGCCAGACCACAAGACAUUGUCGUGAAUCGUGUUGGCGUGGUGCUAAGCCAGCCUGUGGUAGCGACGGUAUCCUCUAUGCGAACACCUGCAAAAUGCGAGCUAAGAAUUGCGGAAAGCACGUGUUUGAAGUGCCAAUGUCAUUCUGUGUGUCGCGAGAACGGACAUCCGGAAGUCAGUCGAACGCGUGUCCGCUCGACUGUAGGCACGAGCCGGAAGUACCGAUCUGUGGAUCGGACGGAAAUAUCUAUAGGAACGAGUGCGAAAUGCAGAUGCUCAACUGCGGGCAAGCUAGAAGGAAGGUGACCGUAGUGGACUUCGAGAAGUGUCGGCCACGUUUAACGAAGUGCAUGAAGCAACAGCAACGUUGUGGAAACGAAGUGGAUCCGGUCUGUGGAAGCGACGCUAGUACAUAUCCAAAUCAAUGUCACUUGAACGUAGCGAUCUGUCUGAAGGGUAUCCAAUUGGCUCAUGUUGGCGAAUGUACGACCUUGAAGGAAAUAGAAGAGUGUCCUGAAGAUUGCAACGAAGUGCCAGAGGAACCAGUUUGUGGAAGCGACGGGAACGUUUAUCGCUCGCUUUGCCAUCUUCGCCACGAGACAUGUGGUCAGAGGGUAGUUCAAGUUCCUGCUCAGCAUUGUCGUACCACAGCGCUUUGUAAUCAAAUUUGUAGUGGAGAACGUCAAUUCGUUUGCGGUUCGGAUAACAAGCUUUAUCGUAACGAGUGUGAAAUGAAGAGGGACAAUUGCGGGAAACACGUGUACGUGGUACCAAUGAAACGAUGCGUUCAAGGUUUCUUGUUCCGUGGCUGUCAAAAGAUCUGUCCACCAUAUUACGAUCCAGUUUGUGGCACCGACGGAAUGACCUAUAGCAACGAGUGUUUCUUGGAAAUAGAAAAUUGCCGUAGCAGAAGCCUCGUCUCUAAAAAGUAUCACGGUGUUUGUGGCCAACCAACGGAGGAACCGAAAAAUUAUUUGUAUUAAUUCGACGUUCGAUCGACGUUAAAUCAAUCGAUAUAUUGAUUGAGGAAAUCGAUUUGAGAAAGAAAAAAAAGUAAUAAUAAUAAUAAUAAUAUUAAUAAUAAUAAUAAUAAUAAUAAUAAUAAUAAUAAUAUUAAUAUUAAUAUUAAUAAAAAUAAUAAUAAAAAUACGUACCGGGCUACAUCGAAGAGAGAUCGAUCGGCGAUACUAUACUAAAAGAAAAUUGUCCUUGAAAUCUUUACGAAACGAUCCGUUUCGUCGAUCGAUCUUUAGAUAUAUGUAAAUGAUCGCGCCUCGUCUUUCGAAAAAUGUGAUUUUGAGAGAUUCGACGAUGUGUAUAACGUAAUAUAUUAAUUUGUAAAAAAAUUUUAAGGCGCGCAGUAUCGUAUUUAUAAAAGAAAUGUGAAGGAAAAAAAGAAAAAUCUUUUGAACGACGAAAUCGGUCGACUAAUUAUUAUUCCAUGUCGUUCGAUCAAUUUCAUUCAAAGAGAAAAUCUUUAUCUAUUAAUACUUUAAAUGAGCUUGCCAAGAGAAAAUGAUAAAUUUCAUAAUAUUGAAAAUCUUGCCAAGUUAAUAAAGAUACAUAUUAUCGUUGAAAGCCGUUAGAUAAUCGACUUUUAAUAGAAUCGCUAUACUAUACUUGAUCGCUUUGUCGGAUCUAUCGUUUAGUCGAUCUUUUGCGAACACAUUCGUGAAUCAUCGUACGAUGUCGUACUUUCGAUGUAUAAUGUUUUUAAAAAAUUAACCCUCAAAUGCGUGUGUAGGUAUGUGUACGUGACAAUACAUACGUUACGACAUAUUGUAACCUAUGUAGCACAAAAAUUUAGUUUCUUAAUAAAUUCAAAUUCUUCGAAAAAUUAUGAUAAUAUAUCUAAUUAUUUUUUAUUUAAAUAUUAUAUAAAAAAUAUAUUAUAAAUAUUUUAUCUAUAUAUAGAUUAUUUACCUAUGUAAAAAUAAAAAGUAUGUAUAUACAUACAUACAUACAUACAUACAUACAUAUAUAUAUAUAUAUAUAUAUAUAUAUAUAUAUAUAUAUACACAUACGUAUGUAUAAAAAUUUCUAAAAGAAAAUAAUCAUGCAUUAAAGGGUUAAAAAAGAUUUCUCUUUUCUUUUCGAAGAAAGUCGUUAUGCUUAUCGAAGUUAAAAAUUAAAGUAAUUAAACAAAAAUAUUAAUAUAUCAUAAUCUUCGACGAUUCACGAACACAAUCAAAGGUCGAAAAGUAUCUUUCGUCAUUCACUUUCCCCCACUCCUUAUCCCUCGUAUUUAUUUCUUCAAAUAUCGUGCUUUAGCGUCAUUCCGAUCUUUCGCGACGAACAAUCACGACGUGCCAAGUUUGACGAAGGAUCGUGCGAGGAAGGAUCAAGAAUCGCGUAUAAACACGUAGGCUUUUAAAAAGAUUUCUCAUCCGCGAAGAGAAUAGAAUCAUUAUUUUAUUUAUGUUAGAUUCCUAGAGUUCUACUAAUUAUAGAAAAUCAUUAUUAUUUAUUCUAUCGAAAGAUAUUUCUCUCUGUGUCUCUUUAUAAGUUUCUUUAUACACGAUUUUUCACCUAUGUAUGUAGACAUACACACAUGCAUACAUAAAUACAUACUUAUAUACAUACAUACACACGUAUAUAAAUACAUACAACUAUGAUUCUCGUUUUAAGCGAUGUAUUUCUCCUUCUAAUCGAUGUAACAACGUAAACAGUAAACUACGUUUUUCGAAGUAAGGAAGAAAAGAAACUUUCCAGUUUAACAUAAACUUCCGAUGAUAAUGCGAUGUGUGUUCAUAUUAUAAUUAAUAUUAUGUAUUAUUAUUAAUCAUUAUCAUGUCUUUAAUUUAUUUUAUCGAACACGCGAGGAUCCUUUUUUGUAUCGAAACUAACAUUGUGUACACGCUUGUCAAUAAUAAACCAUAUACGUAUAUUUUAAGAUACGAAA